AUGUGUGGGAUCUUCGCGUACCUGAACUAUAACUGCCCGAAGAGCCAGAAAGAAAUCGUCGAGAAGCUCCUCACCGGAUUGCGACGUUUGGAGUACCGCGGGUACGACUCCGCGGGGUUGGCGAUCGAGGACGGACGCGACGCGACGGAGACGACGAGCGUGGUGUUUCGAGCGACGGGGAAGAUUGCGAAUUUGGAGGCGCUGUUGACGGCGAGCGAAGGGGAAUUACACGGGGGGACGCACUUUGAGACGCACUGCGGCAUCGCGCACACGCGAUGGGCGACGCACGGACCGCCGGCGUCGAAGAAUUCGCACCCGCACUCGAGCGGUGCGGAUAAUGAUUUUUUGGUCGUGCACAACGGGAUCAUCACGAAUCAUCAGGCGCUGAGGGAGACGUUGAUUCGAAAGGGGUACGUGUUCGAGAGCGAUACGGAUACGGAGGUGAUUCCAAAGUUGACAAAGUAUCUGUACGAUAAAUUUUCAGAAAAGUGCACGUUCAGGCAGUUGGUGAUGGAGGUUUUGAGGCAGUUGCAGGGGGCGUACGCGCUGGCGUUUAAGUCGAAGCAUUAUCCCGGGGAGUUGGUGGCGGCGAAGAGAGGGUCGCCGCUCUUGCUCGGUAUCGUGGAGGGUCCGCACCCGGGGGAGCAGCACGCGCUCGUCACGAGCGAGGGGUUCGCGCCGAACUCGAAGCGGACGAAGAGGAUGUCCAUGGAGUUUUAUUUCGCAUCCGACGCUUCGGCGAUGGUUGAGCACACCAAGCGCGUGUUACACCUCGAGGACGAUGACGUCGCGCACAUUCAAAACGGCGCGUACGGGAUUUAUCGCAUGGAGAGAGUGCAUCACGAAGACGGCGUCGAGUCGCCGAGCCUGGCGUACGCACCGACUGUGAACUCCGCGGAGGUCGAGCGCACGGUGGAGACGCUCACCAUGGAGGUGGAACAGAUCAUGAAGGGGAACUACGACCACUUUAUGAAGAAGGAAAUUCACGAGCAGCCAGACGCGAUGACGCAAACCAUGCGCGGGCGCGUCGUGUUCGAGCCAGACGGCAAGACGGUUCAGCGCGUGUUCAUCGGCGGUAUGGUGGAUUAUUUGAGCACGAUUCGUCGCUCUAGGCGAAUCAUCUUGUGCGGUUGCGGGACGAGCUAUCACAGCGCGAUCGCCAUUCGAUCUCUCAUGGAGGAGCUCACCGAGCUGCCCGUCACGCUCGAGCUCGCUUCAGACGUCCUCGAUCGACAGUGUCCAUUCUUCCGCGACGAUUCCAUCAUUUUCAUCUCGCAGAGCGGAGAGACCGCGGAUACGCUGCGAGCGUUGGAGUACGCCAAGUCCAAGGGCGCGCUGUGCAUCGGUAUCGUCAAUGUCGUCGGCUCUGCAAUUUCUCGCGCGACAGAUUGCGGGAUCCACAUUAACGCGGGCGCCGAAAUUGGCGUCGCUUCCACCAAGGCGUACACGUGUCAAAUCACCGCCAUGGUCCUCCUCACCUUGGCGCUGAGCGAAGACUCUCGCUCUUUGCACGAUCGUCGCAUGGAGAUCAUGCGCGGUCUCGCCGACCUCCCGGACAAUAUGCGUCGCGCGCUGGAGCUCGAUCAGCAAAUGCUCUCGCUCGCAAAGACACUCGUGAACGAGAACUCUCUCUUACUCUUCGGCCGCGGAUUCAACUACGCCACCGCCCUUGAAGGUGCGCUCAAGGUGAAAGAAGUCGCCCUGCUCCACUCCGAGGGGAUCUUAGCCGGCGAGAUGAAGCACGGUCCGCUCGCGUUGGUCGACGACACCCUGCCGCUCGUCGUCAUUGCCACGCGAGACUCGUCCUACGUCAAGCAAAAGUCCGUCAUCGAACAGCUCAGAGCUCGUGAUGCGCGAUGUAUUCUCAUCGUUGGCGAGAACGAUGACUCGCUCGAUCAAUACGCGUGCGGGAAGGACAUGAUCAUCCGUGUCCCCGAGGUCGCCGACUGCCUCCAACCCCUCAUCAACAUCGUUCCUCUGCAGCUCCUGAGCUACCACCUCACCGUCUUACGCGGGCACAACGUGGACCAACCGAGAAACCUCGCGAAAUCCGUCACCGUGGAGUAA